AUGCUUAAAGACUGGAAAUCAUUUGUGGUGACUUUCGGCAUGGCUCUUCUGGCCAUCCUCGGCAUCAUCGCGUCGAGCAAGCACUCGCCGAGGCCGUCGGUGGCCACGCAACCUCAGCGGGACGUGUUCUUCCUGAAGACGCACAAGACGGCCGGCUCGUCGGUGCUCAACCUGCUGCUCCGCAGAGCCGACGGCGAGGGCCUCAACCUGGCGCUCCCGAAGGAGGCCACCAGCCACAUGAUGGGCUACCCGCAGCCCUUCUCGCCGCGCGAGCACAUGCUCAACUACUCGCAGUGCGGGCUGCGGCCGAAUCUCAUGGCGCUGCACAUGCGAUUCAACGAGACCGGCGUCAAGGAGGUGAUGCCCGCCGACACCGUGUACGUGACGAUACUGCGACGGCCGACGGACGCCUUCGCCUCGCUGUUCUACUACUUCGAGCUGCACAACGUUUACGACGCCAACCUGACCGCCUUUCUCAAGCAGCCAUUUUUCGUGCAGACGGUGCGCAAUUCGCGUCUGCACGGGUCUCUGGGCUUCAACCAGAUGGCGUUCGACCUCGGCGUCGACGGAGACGACAUGGCGGACCGCGGCAGUGUCGAAGAAAUCUCCCGGUUCGUGGAGUCCGUGGAUCGGACCUUCCACCUCGUCAUGAUCGCCGAACGGUUCACCGAGUCACUGGUGCUGCUACGCGACCUGCUCGGCUGGCAGCUGGACGACGUGGUCACCUUCAAGCACAACAUGCGCCUCAAACGAUACCCGAGGCCCGACGAAGAAGCUGUCAGUAUCCUGGAGAAGGCGAACCGGGUGGACGAGGCGCUGUACAGGCACUUCGCGGCCAAACUGGACCGCAAGGUGGAGGAGUUCGGCCGCAGCCGUAUGGAGGCCGAGGCGGCUGCGCUGGAGAGCCGCACGGCGUUCUGGUACAGGCGGUGCGUCGACUCCAUCCGGGUGUCCAAGGUGGCCGUGAUCGAGUACUCGCCGCUCACGAACGUCUCCGAGGCCGAGCGACACAUGUGCAGGCUCCUCACCACGCCCGAACAGGCGUUCGUCAAGGAGGCUCGCCAGCGACUUUUCGCGCUCUGCCCCCAGGUGUCGCCACCUACGACCACCACGGCGACGCCGGCGCGCAGGGCGAGAUAA